CGUUAGAUCUGUAAGAAAAAGUCGGAAAAAAAAACUCUACGUCUCGAAAGAAGAGAGGGAGAUGAAGAAGCCGGUCGGAGCAGAGAAGAAGAGGGUUAAAAGAUCAUCGGGAUCUGCAUCUACCUCCGUCAGAGAUUCCGGUUCUGAUGCACCACCUAGGAAGCAGAAGAAGGAUUUGUUUCAGUUGUUUGCUGAGAAAGUUAGAGACCACAAGGGAUUGGAAUCAAGAUGGGCUGUUAUGGAGCAAGCACGAGUUGAAUACUUCAGAGGAAAAGAUUUCGUGAGCUUCAUAAAGAAUCACCCCGAGUGUAAAGAGAUUCUGGAAGAAGAUAAAGACCUCGACACAGAAGAUAUUGCAAAUGUGCUGUUGGGAAAGAACCUUUUGGUCCGCUGUGAUCGUGUUACAAAAACUCUUCGUCCCGGCAAGAAAAAGCUGUCUACCUGGCCAGCUCAUCUGGAGAUUUUCCGUGAUGAUCAAGCUUUCUCUGAAACUGAUGCCUUUUUUGCAUGGACGUUUGAAAAACGGCAUCCACUCUGGCAAACACUUUUGUCCUUCUUCUGGCCUGUAUUGACUCUCGCAAUUUGUUUGUUUCCUGUGUACCCACACCGUUGCAAACUGAUUGUUCUCUACUCAUGUGCGGGCAUUCUUCUGAUGAUUCUCUCCUUGCUUUUCGUGAGAGCAGUUGCUUUCGGUUCGAUGUGGAUUCUCUUGGGAAAGCGUGUGUGGUUCUUCCCCAACAUUCUUGCAGAGGAAGCCACAUUGAAGGAACUGUUCCGUUUCUGGCCAAAGAAAGACGAGGAAGAACCGCCCAAGUGGACAUCUAGACUUUUCUAUACAGUAGUGGCUGUUGUUGUUGUCAUGCUGCUUAGGCACCAUGCCCCUGAUGAAGCUGCUCGUGCCAGGUACCAAAGAAGGAUGUCCAACAUCAUCGAUGAUGUCCUUGAGUGGUCACCAAAGCUAGCACUCUCUGGUUUGAUGGAGAAUCAGCCACCUGUGAACGUCACAGAGGCGGCUAACAACUCAUCAGAUGCAGCAGGUCCCGACCAUGCUGAAGAGGCCGACCUAGAUGAAACUCAAGGCGAGGAAGAAGCUGAAGGCUGGACCAACUCUGAUAUAAAAACAUAAAAAAACUAUAUAUAUAGAAAAGUUCAUUGUAACAAUAAGUCAGCCUUAUGUGACCAAGACGAGGUGAGUUCUUAUAAGAAAAGUCUUGAAAGAUUUGGUGGUAUUCCAUUACUCUUUUCAUUUUGU